AUGGCAACCCCGAAAUUCAUCAAGCACAUAUCCUUUGAUGAUUUAUCACCGUCCCUUGUAGAUAGCCAAGCUACAGAAUUGAAAAAGGGUAAUUAUCACAUUGGUCUGAACAAUCACUUCAUCCAUAUCCCACCACAGUACAACCCGCUUUAUAAAACAAGGAGUACUCUUGAAGAUCAAUCGUCUGAUUCAGAACAGCGAGAGACAAGACCAAUAAUAACAGAUGUCGAACAUCAAACUUAUAAACCAAAAUCACAAAUGCAGGUCCCAACGAUGUAUAGUCAUCUUUUCAAUGAUAAAGUAGAUAUGAGUACAUCUUUGACUAGAAGUAGAAGUGAAUCACCUAUGCAAGCGAGAAGACGUCAAAGAGCAGAAAUGUAUGGGGCUAAACUGCCCCCUCCUCCUAGUAAGCCCGUCUUGAGGAAAGAUAGUACUAUUCAUUUUAGUGGGGAUGUGGAUGAUCCUUCUAGGAUUGAAGAUAUUGAUAUUGCUGAUCUGGAUGCGGAAACUGAAAUGAAAAUGACGAAAAUUACGCAGGAUAAUACUGCAAAGAAUUCUGGUUCUAAACAUGGUUAUACGCAGGAAUUGUUCUCAAAUUUAAAUGAGGUGGAAGAUAGGAUUGAGAAUAGAAGUAGACGAGCCUCUGUCGAUGAUCCCGAUAAGAAAAGAACUAAAUCAUUUGCAGGGAUGAGUGAUGAGGAAUUAGCUCAAUUAGAGAAUUUUUAUAUUUCUAAAGGAAGAUCAAAUAAAUCAAACCUGACCGAUUAUGAUUUUGGUGAACAAGCUUCCUCUGCUCAUUGGGUGGGGGAUAAAGGUUCAAGUAAUGGGAAUAUACCUGUUCUUAGCAAAACUAUGUAUGAUUCAUUGACAUUAACUUAUCCAUCAAGACCAUCCGUUAAUUAUCGUGCCAUCUCAAUGACUUCACAGCAUUCGGAUUUUGAAAGUUAUCUUACAAGAGUUAAGGAGGAAUUAGCUUCUAAGGAGAAGGAAUCAUUGACUGCAUUAAGAACAGUUUGUUGUUAUAUAUCUGGAAGACGUUUCACAUGGUCGACUUUGGAUUGGUUUGUAGAAAAUAUGGCUAAAGAUGGCGAUCAUCUAGUAAUAAUGACAGUAGUACCAGAGUUUGAAGAAUUAGUGGAAAAAUCAUUACAUUCGAUAUAUAAGGAAAGAAUAAAUUCAACUGGAUCUAGUCCGUCUCUUACACGUAGUGGUGCAUCAUCAUUUAAAGAAUCAAAAAAUGAAAGUAAAGUAUCAACAGGUUUGUAUAUUGAAGCCAUCUAUGAAGAGGCAAGGAAAAAAUGUCGUGAAAUAUUAGAUUAUUAUGUUAAAAGAUUAGUCAAUAAAAAUAAAAUUAUGAGGGUGACAAUCGAGAUGGUUAAAAAUAAUUCUAGUAAGAAAGCUGUAAGUGCAAUUGAAGGUUUAUACAAACCAAGUUUCCAAUUAUUCAGUACUGUUAGUACGAACAUUCAAAUUAAAUUUAGAAAUGGGUAUGUUAAAUUCCCAUUUUUCAUUAUGAAGCAUUUUUUUAUUCCUGUAUUUAUUAUCCCCUUUGAAUUUAUUGAUCCGCAUUUAUUAAUGGAAAGAGAUGAAGAAAAUCAAAAUACAACCAAGACUAGUGAUAAUUAUCAAUUGAAAAGAAAAGAUAGAUUAAAAUGGUUAGAUAAUCUUAUAGCAAAGACGCUAAAGAAUCCUUUUAGUACGGCAGCUGUAGAUAGUAAACCAGUUGCUUCAGAUGACGAGGAAUUAUCAGAUAAUUCCGUUACAGGAUAUUUCCCUGUCUCUAAGGAACAAAAAUACAAAAUUGACCUAUUUGAACGUAUGGGUUACGUUAGACCUGUUUCGUCAAGAGCAUUAUUAUUACAAAACAAUGAUAUUGUUUUUGACAAAGACGGUAAAAAGAUUACACAAACUAGUUCAAGGACUUCAAGACGUAGUUCCAGAAUUCAGUUUAAUGAUGGUGGGAUUUAUAAAGUCAAAUCCUUGAUUGAUGGAGCCGAUAUGACGCAUGACAGCGGGAAAAACUAUGAUAAUAUUAAUCGGAGUAGUAAAAGCAACGAAAUAAGAAAGACAAAAUCCUCUGCAAGUGGGACUCUUCAUCAUCAUGAUCAUUUACUUCCAACUGUAUCGCCAAGUUAUGGUAAAUUACCGAGAGUUCAAAACGGUCAUAUGCAUUUAGCAAAAGUUAAGAGUUCAGAGUCACAAAAGACUAAGCAUAAAAAUGUACGUGGAACGUCAACGAGUAAAACGUCAACAAGUAAAACGCCUACUACUUCAAAGCCAUCAGAAAAGAAGAAAUCCAAAAAGUCGUUUGGAUCCAUGUUUAAGAAAGUGUUCAGUUCUAAAUAG